ACGUCCUUGGCUCCCUCCGCCGACGAGCUCGCAGGCGCCACGACAACCAGCAACCACAUCAUUUGGCCCGAUAUAUGUAUGUGGAGCUUCUCGUCGGCCUUAUCAUACUGCUGCGCCAUGGCCAUAAGUGGCCGUGUUGCAUGCUUCGUCGUGAAGGCGUGCCAUGGUUGCGAUGGCAUCGCCGCGCUCCCCGCUCAACCGCAUGCUUUCGGCGAUCCACACCCACCACACCUUAGCAAUCCAGUUUGGAACAGGCUGUAUGCGCACCCUUUUCCGUCGAGUCGCUAGAGACGUCUUCCGGCAAAAGAAACAUCGACGAGAACGACGAUGGGCAUCGCCAAUCAGCGACGCUGCGUUUGCAUCGCCCCACCCUCAACGUAAGUGCCGCCACCACUUCUAGCGAAUGCCACUUUCCUUCCUCCCACGUCCCCUCUUCCCCAUUCCCUCGUUGGUUGAGCUUUGUUCAACCAAUCUUCACUCGCACCUCUACAAUACCGAGGUAAAUGGUAAGAAGAGAUGAAAUACAUCUCGUUGUCUCGAUGAGUACAACUCAAACGACCGGCGCGGCCACGGCAAUAGCUAUGACACCGUCCCGAUAACGUACGCCCGUAUAAUGAAGUCGCGUUCUUGAUGUCGAGGAAGAUAUCGACGUCUUCGGCAAAGCCGGCCGAGUCUUAGGAAUGACAUACACAAUUCGUGCAUUUGCACCAAUGAUGCUUAUGAUGACCUGGUGGCCCAUCGGCAUAGUCUCAUCGUCAUCAUCCAGUACAGCUUUUCCGGACACAUCAUCGGCUCGACUCGUGCGCGGUAUCCCUCGAAAUGCACCCGUUAGCGAACUGAAUUUAUACUCGGUAGAAGAGAAAAGGAUGGACACCCACGUACCUAUAGGAAUACCGUUUUCCACGGCACAGAAACCACUGCGUCAGACGAUGCAUCCCCCGGUUGAAAUAGCUAUGACCGGAUUAUUCGUCGCCAGUCUUGGAAAAGAUCGUCGCACUCAGAGAGCCCAUCUCCUGUCAGCAUCCAAGCCCGAGAUAUCUAUCCACUGGCUGGCUGGCAGCGUCCUGUCUUUAGGUUUUUCAAGGAGUAUACAUUGGUCUUGAAAUCUCGAGUUUUUGACUCAACAACUCACUGUACAGACUUCUCUGCCCAUCACGCAAGCCAUCGCCGGCAGCAAAACGAGUAACGGGAGUUCUUGGAUUCACUAAUCUAACCUGUGGCCGAUUAGUGAGACUCGAUUUGUAAAAUACGGAGUGGAACUUACGAUUGUUUCCUUGAAAGAUAGGAUUGUCCGGCUUCCCCAAUCCGGCAACGCGACAUGGAUAACACGAUCUGAGGUUGCAUACCAUUUCCUCCCUAUUCCAAAUGACCAUAUAGCCAACGCUCUCGGCCGUUCCCUCUACACCAAGUCAACGUCUCAAGAGAGAAUCGUUGCUAUUAUCCUCCACGCUCACCAGAAGCCCAUCUCUACUUCAUGGCUUUGGGUCCGCGAGUGACGAGCACGCUCUCAAUCCUGCCGCGAUGCGUUGUCCUUGGAUUUUAAGACAACAAAAAUCCCUCUUUUCUUGUCAAUGCUGUUCGGGCUCCCCACUG